CAAACCACAAACCUCGAAAUGCCUUCGGCGACCCAGAGGCCCGCCAGAGUCCAGUGAGCACCGGGGCCUCAAUAUUCAGAACUCGUCGUCACCACAAGAGGAUAAGAAUCGAACAGCAGAAGGUAAGGAAGCCAAGACGUCGUCAGCCAUGGCGCUCUCCCUCUCCACCUCCUUUCUCCCGACCCCGGCCGCCGCCGCCGCGAGAACCACAACCCGCAACCUCCGCUCCCUCGUCCCCUCUCAGAGGAUGAGGUGCUCGAUGCGGAAGAAAGGGCUGCACCCGGAGAUCUUCGAGGACGCGAAGGUGUACUGCAACGGUGAGCUGGUGCUGGUGACGGGGGGGACGAAGCCGGAGUACACGGUGGACGUGUGGUCGGGGAACCACCCCUACUACGUCGGCGACUCCUCUGCGCUGGUCGUCAUGGACAGCCAGAUCGAGAAGUUCCGCAAGAAGUGGGGGCACGUCAAGGAGUACUGGACCAAGGAGCAGUGGCUGGAGAUGCACCCCGACGGCGACCCGGAGUUCGAGCCCGAGGACGACGAGACCCGCAAAUGAUUUUUUGCUCCGCCCGCCUCCGCCUUCUCUUGCCGUUGAUUCCCGAACUCAGUUAGUUCUGCUUGGUUUGAUUCCCACUGUUGUGUUUUGUGCACGCGUCUGGAUUUGGAACACUUCGGGUACGUGACGGUGUACUGCUUACUCUCAACACCCACUCUUGAUUUUAAUGUGAAUUGUACUAGUACUUGAUUUGAGUAUGGUGGAAUACGAAACGGGGCUGCUGAA